CUUUUCCGACCCUUUCGCAGGUUGAGAAGGCAAAUGAUUAUGAAAUCAUUUGGUUCGGUUCGUAAUCCGCUUAAUUUGGAUCUCCUGCAAAUCAAUUCACAUGCAGACAGUACUUACAUUUCAGAAAUAUUUUUCCCGUCUUAUCAUACGAUCUGUAGAUCAUUUAGAGAUAACUGUGUUAUGUCGGCUGAAUGUUUUCUGGCUUUAAAGUCAUUGGGUCAUUUAACGUCAUAGUGUCAGUUCACGUUCUUCACGCUUUUUAAAUAGUCUAUUUUUUUCCAUAGAUCUCGUUUGGAACUGAUAUCAGAAUGCCCAACAUGAGAAAUAUAUCAUAUGAAAUUGAUUCCUACUGGAAUCAGCCUGAUUCUAACCAGACCUUCAGUAGCGUGCCUCUCAUUGGAAAGCCCGAAGCUAUUUUCUGGUGCAGCCUCUUUAUCAUGGAAGCCGUGCUGAUUGCCGCAGGAAAUCUGCUUACAACGUUUGGUUUUAUCGGGAGCAGGAAACUCCGCAAGAGGCGCUACUAUCUAAUGAUCAACCUUGCGAUAGCAGAUGCGCUGGUGGGGGUUCUAGCCAUGCCACUGUUUAUCGUCCCCCUUGGAACGUCUCUCAGAGUGUGGGGAAAGAUAUCUUGGAUUCCUGGUGACGUCAGUUUGUUUCUCGACAUGUUUUCAGGCUUCGCCUCUAUUGUGUUUCUUGCUAUGAUAGCGCUGGAACGACUCUACGCUACCUUGCGGCCCUUCAACUAUCGCGCCCUGAAGUCGCGCUGGUACGUCCUCUUCACUAUCAUAGCUUGGAUGGCCGCGGGAUCGAUCACGUCCCUUCAUCUCGCGAUGAUCAAGUCUCCCAAUACCUUUGUCUCCUCGACUAGUAUCAGCGCUGCUAUGUGGAUCCCAGUCCUAGCCGCGCUGCUGCUGAUUAUCAGCGUCUCAUACGCAAUCAUCUGGAGGAAAGUGAGAAUUGUUCACAAGAGCGUCAAGCAACGACUGGUGGAGAAAGAGUCUUCAUUGUCCCGUAUUUGCCUUCUUAUCACAGCAGUGUCCCUGGUCGCCUGGUUGCCCUUCGUCAUUGUCAAUAUGGUGUUUGAAUUCACUCCUAGCCAUACUUUUCAUUUCCACGUAUUCUAUAUUACUAAGAUUCUACAUUAUGGUAAUUCCUUGUUGAAUCCAGUCCUUUACGUGUUAAAGAUUCCUGACUUCAGGGCAAGUUUGCCAAAUUUGUGCACUAGAAAAAUUGCUGCUACUAGUUCAAACGAGCUAAGUGUACCCCAGUCAGCUCGCCGACGACGUUGUGAAGAGGUUACUGGCAAUCGUCGAAGUUUUCGCGAAGAAAGGGAGACCUCUUCGCAAGAAAUAACUAAUUAAACAUUCUUUCUCUAAAUUAUUCAUCAGCACAGCUGUAAAGGAAGGACUAAAGUGUUGACUUAUUAAAGGAGCAUAGCCACAGUGUUUUGAUUUGUUUUAGCCGCGUUCAAAAUUACCUUUACAUUGCAGAAAUAGUCGUUUACUAAGAUAGUAAAACACCAAAGAGAUAAUUAUAUA